UCCGGUGAGGAGUGCAAUGGGAUCAACAGCAUGGCGGCGGAGAGCGGCCCCGGCACGAGGCUGCGGAACCUGCCGGUGAUGGGGGACGGGCUGGAGAGCUCGCAGAUGUCCACGACGCCGACCCAGGCCCAGCCCCAGCAGGGCAUCGGCGUCGGCGUCAACCCCCCCCCGCCGGAGACCUCCAACCCCAACAAGCCCAAGCGCCAAACGAACCAGCUGCAGUACCUGCUCAAGGUGGUGCUCAAGACGCUCUGGAAGCACCAGUUCGCGUGGCCCUUCCAGCAGCCCGUGGACGCCGUCAAGCUCAACCUCCCCGUGAGUGCCGGGAGGGGGCGGGGCAGGGGGAAGGGGCGGGGCCGGUCGGGUGUGGCGUGGCACGGGUCGCCCUCCCGGCCUGAUUCCCGCUCUCCCUGUGUCCUGCAGCCGGGGGACGACAUCGUCUUAAUGGCGGAAGCUCUGGAAAAGCUUUUCCUGCAGAAGAUCUCGGAGAUGAGCCAGGAGGAGACGGAAAUCGUCAUCGCCCAGACCAAGGGACGGGGCCGCGCGCGGAAGGAAGCAGUGACGUCCAAACCCGGCUCCUCCACGGUCCCCAACGUCACCCAAGCCUCGUCCCCGGUGCCGGCGCCGGCGCCGAGCCUGCCUUCGGCACAGACCGCCCAUUCCUUCCCCUCCGUCACCCCCGACCUCAUCGUGCCCAGCCCGGUGAUGACGAUGGUGCCUCCUCAGCCCCCCGCGCCGCCCCCGCCGGCCCCCCAGGCCCCCGCGCCCGCCCCGACGGCGGCUCCGAGUCAACGGGGCGGGAGCCCGAGGGAACAUUCCGGCGGUGACGUCGGAUUCUUCCCUCGUUCCCAGACAAAAAAAGGGGUGAAGAGGAAAGCAGACACCACGACCCCCACCACCAUCGACCCGAUCCACGACUCGUCGUCGCUGCCCGCCGAGCCCAAGUCCGCCAAGCUGGGCCCGCGGCGGGAGAGCGGCCGCCCCGUGAAGCCUCCAAAGAAGGACGUUCCCGACUCGCAGCAGCACGCGGCGGAGAAGAGCAGCAAGGUCUCGGAGCAGCUCAAGUACUGCGGCGGGAUCAUCAAGGAGAUGUUCGCCAAGAAGCACGCGGCCUACGCGUGGCCCUUCUACAAACCUGUGGACGUGGAAGCUCUGGGGCUGCACGACUACUGCGACAUCAUCAAGCACCCCAUGGAUCUGAGCACAAUCAAAUCCAAGCUGGAGAACCGGGAAUACCGGGAUGCUCAGGAAUUCGCGGCCGACGUGCGGUUGAUGUUCUCCAACUGCUACAAGUACAACCCCGCCGACCACGAGGUCGUGGCCAUGGCGCGGAAGCUGCAGGACGUGUUCGAGAUGCGCUUCGCCAAGAUGCCGGACGAGCCGGAGGAGCCCGUCGUCCUUCCCGCCUCCUCGCCCGCCGUGGUGCCGCCCCCCACCAAGGUGGCCCCGCCCUCGUCCAGCGACAGCAGCAGCGACAGCUCCUCCGACAGCGACAGCUCCUCCGACGACUCCGAGGAGGAGCGGGCGCAGCGCUUGGCCGAGCUGCAGGAGCAGGUCUCUUCCAACCCUGGUGACUCAGUGACAAUGGUUGACCUUGAUGGUCUUGGGGAUCUCUUCCAACCCUGUCGAUUACGGGUGGCUAACGAGGUGACUCGGGGUGGUCAGUUAGUCCAUUGGGGGUGGCUAACGAGGUCAUUAGGCCGGUCUAACGACCCGCCCCCUGUCCCCGCAGCCGAGAAGGUCGACGUCCUGGCCGGCUCCUCCAAGCUCAAGGGCUUCUCGUCGUCGGAGUCGGAGAGCAGCAGCGAGUCCAGCUCCUCCGACAGCGACGAGUCGGACUCAGGUUAGCGCUUCCCGCCGCCCCCCCCGCCCCUCCCGCACAAAUAAACUCGUUUUCAGUCCU